GUCAGUGGCAGCCGGCCGGCCCCUGAGAAUGCUGAUAGUGAGAUGUCAUUGUUAAAUCCAGUGCCCCAGUUGAGCGAUGGGAAACAACUUUGAUGCUUCCCUUGGUGCAGCUCCACUUUCUCCUGAACUAAGCCGGGACCCUUCCCCUCAGACCAGCCUUGGGGGCACCACAAUCACAUGGAAACUCGGGCCAGGUUGCCAGUCGGCACGCUCUUUGUUUGCAAUCAGCACUACACGUGUGGACACUGCUCUUCGAUGCAAUUUCCCACCCCCUACAAUCCCCCCACUGAAACAUUUUGGGCAUGAUAUCAUCACUGCGAAGCACCCCAGUGAUCAUGGGCUCCGGGAUCGUUCGAUAGAAUACGGAGUAGGGAGUACUCUGUAGAACAAAGGAAAACGCCUGGCCAAAACCGUGGGUGACAAUUUCCGCCCGGGAAACCCUGAUCUCCGACUUUCGACGACUGGAGAUCUGGAAGUCUGCCGAGUGGGUCUGGAGUUGCAAGAAAAAUAAAAAAUAAUACUCCGUAGUAGACCAAGGUUGGCACGGAGGAUUGCCUACACAUGCCACUAUCUCCGCAUUCCAUUUGGUUCGUAUUCUGCGCGUUGGGCCCGCACGUGGGGUCGUUAGGUCAGGGGAAGCGCGGUGCACUGGAAUCAUGAUGAUCAAAAUCCUACCCAGAUGGAUAUCAAGACAUCCAUGGAAAAGAACGGCUAGUGACAGUUCACGCGAUGCGCGAAAAAUCUUAACUCACAAGCGCCAGUGCAAGGUAUCCUGUGGGAAAAUAUAUAAAGGUUCUUAAUGACCGCAUGUUAUUGCGGAGAAUACGCCAGCAUCGUUGGGUCAUUGCGCCGGCAGGAUUGACAAUCAUGCAGUACCGCGCGCUUUCUCUGCUGGCCCUCUCCGCCUCCACGGCUUCCGCCACCUACUCCGGGAACCUAAACUACCGUAGCCCUUCGCUCAACCACCCUGACUUAGGAAUCUCUCUGAACAAAGUUAUUAAGAGAUCUGAUCCUGCGGCUGCCUUUGACCCCGCCAAACUGAACUUCACCCAUGGAGUUGCAUCUGGCGAUCCAUACGCAAAUUCUGUUAUCCUUUGGACGCGAUGCUCUCCCACAUCGGAUGAUGUGAAUGAUAACAGCCCCGUCACUGGCUCAAGCCCACUAUAUAAUCCUGUUCCCAUCCACAAAUCUGGUGAUGAGUACAAACCGAUAUCAAAGGCACCAGUGUGUGUUGAGUUUAAGAUCGCUAAGGAUAAGGAACUGAAGUGCGUGGUGGAUGAAGGUGUGGUUUUUACUGGCUCCGAUGUUGACUAUACGGUCAAGGUGGAAGCAAAACACCUAAAGCCGUUCACCACAUACUACUACCAAUUCUCUGUGUGUGAUUCCGACACGAAAAGUCCCAUCGGUCGUACCAAAACGCUUCCAGAGGCAUCUCAAGCCGUUGACCAGGUGAAUUUAGCUGUGUACUCUUGCAGCAACUAUCCUUCUGGCUUCUUCAAUGCCUACGGGAAUCCCGUACGAAAGGAUUCUGUUGACUAUGUCAUCCACCUUGGUGAUUAUUACUAUGAAUUCCCUGAUGGAUUAUAUGGAUCAGGUAAAGGUAUCGGGCGUGUACCUUUGCCAGACCGCACCUUGUACACUCUCUACGAUUAUCGUAAACGCCUUGCAACUCAUCGAACUGAUAUUGACCUCCUUGCCAAUCAUCAGAAUUUCCCCUGGAUCCCAACAUGGGACGAUCACGAGGUGGGGGACAACACUUACCGUGAUGGCUCCUCUUGGCUGAGGAAUAUCGAGCUCUCAUUCUUGGCAUCUGGUGGUGUUUCUGUGGAUCAAAGAAAGAUGAACGCAGUUCGCGCGUACUUUGAAUGGAUGCCAAUCAGACAGGUCGAUAUGGAUGACAAUCUUCGCAUUUGGAGAAAUUUCGAAAUCGGAUCACUUGUUGAUCUCAUGAUGCUUGACACCAGACAAUAUGAUCGUUCAAUUACUGAUCUAUACUUCAAUACCUUGUAUGUCAAAAAAUUGAAGGACGACGCCAGUCGCACUUUGAUGGGUUCGCGGCAAGAAAACUGGUUUUACCGCAAUCUGAUCAAAUCUUCCGAGCGUGGUGCUAAAUGGCGCCUUGUCGGCAGUCAAAUAGUGUUCUCGCACAUCGACGACUCUGGUUUCAACCUGGAUGCUUGGGAUGGAUAUCAAGCAAACCGGAACCGCACAUUUGAGACUCUCGUUGAAAAUAAGAUCAACAACACUAUCUUGAUCGCAGGGGAUUCUCACGCGAACUGGGUCAGUGACAUCGUGUGGUUAGACCAUGCAGACUACGAUGAAAAAUCCGGAUUAGGAGCCAUUGGUGUUGAAUUUGGUGGAACCGCGAUCACAUCGCCAUCACCAGCUGGAGCAAAAGUCAAGAUUCCUGCCGCGAACAAGAGAUCAAAGAAGCUGGUAGAGAAGAACUCUGUCCUUCAAUGGUCCGAGAUGUAUUACCGUGGAUAUUUCGAGUUGCAUAUCACUCCAAAAGAGGUGGAAGCUAAGUUCUUUGGAACCCCUAAGAUCCGGGAGCGCGAUUUCAAUGAGGUCUCUUUGGCGAACUUCACAGUCAAGGACGGAGCGAACCGCCUUCACCGCGGAGAUAUCGGCGUGCCUGGUGGAGGUGUUGUGGAAAAUGGCUGGCUCAAAGGCGGGAAGACUGAGCGAACCGAUCUUGCGAAUAAUACGGAGACCGGCCAGUGGAGCAAGAUCAAUUGAAAGGGCUUAUAUAUGAUAUAAUAGGAGCAGUGGUAUCGAGUACGCAGUACACCGUAUAUAAUUUGUAAUAAUUGUUUUGAGUACGAUAGGUGAUUUGUCGGCUGGCUGAGAAAAAUUCAAGCUUGGUGAUCUCACCAUGGAGAGUGGAUGCCUCUGACGACGGGCUGAAUUAAAACUUAUGGUAUACUCUUGGGGAGACCAUGCACAUAUAGGGUCAGCUAACUAAUAUUGCAAAUGAAUGAUGAGAAUCACGUU